GAAUUUUAACCUGUAGACUACUGCGCGCAAACAGGUUAAAUACAGGGUCAUGCUGCUAUGAUAUUUCUGUGCGAUACAGUUCGUUACACUGACUGAGGCUUCUCUAGUUGCAGCUAUGUCGGGUUCAGCAAAGCUAGACUUCUCUGAAGUGGAAACUUUUCUGGAUAAUCAUCCGGAUCUUUUCGAAGAGUACCUGCUGAGGAAAGGCAAGCACAGCACAGUGGAGAAAUGGCUCAAACAGCAUCACCUCAGCAAAACCCCAUCAACUCCCACUUCAGGGGAGAAGACCGUGCCUGCCAAGGAGUGCUGGGCGACCAAAGGAGACGGGCUGCAGAGGAGGCCCUCUCAGAGAGAGCUCAGGAAACAUUUUGCCAGAUCUAAGGCGAUGACCGUCAACAGGACUUACGACGAGCAUGUCAACUCCAGGGACAAGGAACCACUCUCCAGCAUGAGGAGGCGAGCUCUCCUCAGGAAAGCCAGUUCGCUACCUCCCACCACAGCUCAUAUCUUGAGCGCCUUAUUGGAAUCUCGGGUCAACAUCCCCCAGUACGCGCCUACAGCGAUCGACUAUAAAUAUGAACUAAGGGACAGCAAUGAGAGAGAAUUCUUUCUGGAACUCGUCAAAGACAUUUCCAAUGACUUGGACCUGACCAGCCUGAGCUACAAGAUCCUUAUUUUUGUCUGUAUUCUAGUCGAUGCUGACCGUUGCUCCUUGUUCCUUGUGGAAGGAACUUCCAACAAAAAGACUCUAGUGUCCAAAUUCUUUGAUGUGCACGCAGGGACCACAGUGCUGCCAUCGUGCAGCAUGGAAAACUCGAACGAAGUGCAGGUGCCUUGGGGAAAAGGAAUCAUUGGUUAUGUGGCUGAACACGGGCAGACGGUCAAUAUCCCUGAUGCCUAUCAGGACCGUCGUUUCAGAGAUGAAAUUGAUAAGCUGACAGGAUACAAGACAAAAUCCCUGUUGUGCAUGCCAAUUCGAAACAGUGAUGGUGAGAUCAUUGGUGUAGCCCAAGCUAUAAACAAAAAUCCAGGAGGAGCUCCCUUCACUGAGGAUGAUGAAAAGGUGCUGGGGAUGUACCUCCCAUUCUGUGGAAUUGCGAUCUCAAAUGCUCAACUGUUUGCUGCUUCCAGAAAGGAGUACGAUAGGAGCAGAGCCCUGCUGGAAGUAGUCAAUGAUUUGUUUGAAGAGCAAACAGAUUUGGAAAAAAUUGUGAGGAAAAUAAUGCGCCGUGCGCAGACUCUGCUCAAGUGUGAACGCUGUUCUGUGCUGCUCCUUGAAGACAUCGAGUCACCGGUGGUAAAGUUUACAAAAUCUUUUGAGCUCUUGUCUCCCAAAUGCAGCGCAGAUGCUGAAAGCAGCUCUAAAGACAGCAUAGAAAAAUCAUCAUAUUCAGAUUGGCUAAUUAACAACAGCAUUGCUGAGCUUGUAGCUUCAACAGGUCUCCCAGUGAACAUCAGUGAUGCAUAUCAAGAUCCACGGUUCGAUGCUGAAGCUGAUCAGAUUUCUGGUUUCCAUACCCGUUCAGUCCUUUGUGUACCAAUAUGGAACAGUGGCCAUCAGAUAAUUGGUGUGGCACAAGUCCUCAAUAGGCUUGAUGGGAAACCCUUUGAUGACGAUGACCAGCGGCUAUUUGAGGCAUUUGUUAUUUUCUGUGGCCUUGGUAUCAACAACACCAUAAUGUAUGAUCAAGUGAAGAAAUCCUGGGCAAAGCAGUCCGUAGCUCUUGAUGUCCUUUCAUAUCAUGCUACAUGUUUAAAGACUGAAGUGGACAAAUUUAAGGCAGCAAACAUCCCACUUGCUACUGAACUCAGUAUUGAUGAAUUCCAUUUCAAUGACUUCUCUCUUGACAAGGAUGCUAUGAUCACUGCAGCCCUCAGAAUGUUUAUGGAGCUUGGAAUGUUGCAGAAAUUCAAAAUUGAUUAUGAGACUUUGUGCAGAUGGUUGCUGACUGUCCGGAAGAACUACAGGAUGGUUCUUUACCACAACUGGCGGCAUGCAUUUAAUGUGUCUCAGUGCAUGUUUGCAAUGUUGACAACUGCAGAUUUUCAGGAACUUUUAACAGACACAGAAGUUCUUGGUCUAAUGGUAGGCUGCCUGUGUCAUGACUUGGACCACAGAGGCACUAACAAUGCUUUCCAAGCAAAGAGCGGGUCUGCCUUGGCACAGCUGUAUGGCACCUCAGCUACUCUAGAACUUCAUCAUUUCAACCAUGCGGUUAUGAUUCUUCAGAGUGAGGGGCACAAUAUCUUUGCAAGUCUAUCCUCCAGGGUGUACAGUGACAUCAUGCAGCUUUUGAAACAAUCAAUACUAGCAACAGAUCUGACGCUUUACUUUGAGCGAAGAAUGAAGUUUUUUGAACUCGUUAAUUCAGGAGAGUACAACUGGAAUGUAAAGGAUCAACGAGAAAUGCUCAGGUCGAUGCUGAUGACUGCCUGCGACCUGGGGGCUGUAACUAAACCUUGGGAGAUAUCUAGACAGGUAGCAGAACUGGUUACUAGUGAAUUCUUUGAACAAGGAGACAGGGAAAGAUCGGAGCUGAAACUCACCCCUUCAGCCAUAUUUGAUCGUAAUAGAAAAGAUGAACUUCCAAGACUGCAGUUGGAAUGGAUCGAUGGGAUAUGUGUGCCCCUCUAUGAGGCUCUGGUGAAGGUCAAUCCAAAACUGAAGCCGAUGCUACAUGGGAUUAACAGGAAUAGGUGCAAGUGGGAGGAGAUGCACCAAGAAAGACAAGACAGCAAAGACAAUGCCAGCCGCAGCAUGUCCAUGCAAGACAUCAGUUAAAAUCCCAAGCAAUCAGCUUGACUUGGCUAUAAUUCAACCGGAUAAAAAAAAAUCUUCAGUUGUGAUUUGCAAGAGUGAUUGACGGUGCUGAAAUCCCCAGUGAGUUGCUGCACAAUGCAGAAUCCCUCUACUCACAACUGAGAGACAAAGCAACAAAAUAAGUAAUGCAAUACAACUAUCCUGUUGAAUGCUUAUGUCUAAAAGGCUGCCAAGAAGCACAGAAAGUUCCCUUACCAGUGCACAGAUAAUGCAGCUUCAUCUGGUGCUACCAGUUGCUAAGGGUUUGCUGUCUUCUGCAGAAAAUGUAUGAACAUGAUAAGCAGGUUUAACGAACAUCUAUUAUUUAAACAUCAGGAUAGAGAACUGGAGUAUUCUGUGCAUCCUUUGUUACUCUGCAUCAGCCAAAUCAGUUAUAAGCCAGUUAUUGCCUGCUUUUCUGCUGUCCUUCAAAUGCUGGAAUGUUCUUGUGAUUUUAUUUUCUAUUUUUCAAAUACUUAAACAAUUUUUUUACUUAAUUCUUCUCUACGUGAGGAUGCCUGGGAAUCAGUUCUCUGUAUUGAAGAAAACGUGAAUGGUAGAUGUGUAGAGGCAAAACCCUUUUACAAGCAGCCUUUGACAGGUGGAGCUACAGUGGUUAGAACUGAAGCAUUGUUUACUAUAGAGAAUGCGAGAGCAGAGCUUUGUUUUUUGCUUUGAGCAAGAUUAUUUUUAAGCCAAUGGUGGUUGAAGUUGUAUGUUAAACAGAAUGCAUGAUGAAGCAAAUCAUAUCAAAGCUGUACAAUUAACAGGCUGUGGGUGGCAUGGGGUUUUGUCAGCAUGAAAAUUCUAACUAAAUAAAAAAAGAGUAUUCAGUUCUGUGUGACUUUCCUCACAGCUGAAGGGUCAGAAGGGACACUAUCAGGAGUAGAAACUGAACCGACUGCUUAUCCCUGAAAGUCUCCAUAUUUGGAUUUUAAGAAUUCUGCAUGCAUUUCACUUCUGCAUCUGUAAAAUGUGGAAAAACAUUUGCAAGGUUGUUAAACCCUAUCACGGAUAAUUUGUUUUGUUGCAAAUAUAUUUUUGAAACUGCUACCUUUUCACACUUUGCUUAAUGGAAAGUGAUUGAUACCAAUCUGUUUCCUUUUAUAAGUACUGUAAUUCUUAGCACUUUUUUUGAACAGAAUUCAGUUUUCAUUAGCUAACGUCAACAAUGAUAUUCUAUGCAGUGACGCUCAAUUUAUUCCCAAAGUCUGAUUAGUUGGUAGUAUUCUCACCUCCAAGUCACAAGGUUCUGUAUUCAAGUCCCAGGACUUGAGCACAAAAAUCAAGGCUAACAC